AUGAUCAAUUUGAGUGGGGAAAGUCAAAAGUGCAACUCGUCAGGAGCUCCUCCUGGGUUACCUAGGCCAAUAAGUGAUGUGGAUAUUAAGUAUACUAAGUUGUUUAUAAACAAUGAAUGGUGUGACUCCAGCUGUGGCAAGAAAAUACCUGUCUACAAUCCUGCUACAGGAGAAAAAUUAUGUGAAGUUGAAGAAGCUGAUAAAGAAGAUGUGGAUAAAGCUGUCAAAGCAGCUAGGAAAGCCUUUGAGUUGGGGUCACCAUGGCGGAGAAUAGAUGCUUCAGAGAGAGGACGAUUCCUGCAUAAACUGGCUGAUCUGGUUGAAAGAGAUCAACUCAUUUUAAGUACAAUGGAAACAAUGGAUACUGGAAAGCUUUUCUUGAAUGCGUACUUUAUUGAUUUGGUUGCUGCAAUUAAAACGCUGCGCUAUUAUGGUGGCUGGGCAGACAAAAUACAAGGGAAAACUAUUCCUGUAGAUGGAGAAUAUUUUACUUUUACAAGACAUGAACCAAUUGGAGUUUGUGGUCAAAUCAUUCCAUGGAACUUUCCUCUUCUGAUGUUUGUGUGGAAAAUCGCUCCUGCCUUGUGCUGUGGUAAUACAGUAGUCAUUAAACCUGCUGAACAAACUCCAUUAACUGCGCUCCACAUGGCGUCAUUAAUCAAAGAGGCUGGAUUUCCACCUGGAGUAGUUAAUAUUGUGUUUGGAAAUGGUUCAGUAACAGGAGCUGCAAUAGCCAAUCAUAUGGACAUUGACAAAGUAGCCUUCACAGGAUCAACAAAGGUUGGAAAACUGAUAAAAGAAGCUGCUGGAAAAAGCAACCUGAAAAGAGUAACUCUUGAGCUUGGAGGGAAAAACCCCAAUAUAGUAUUCGCUGAUGCUGACGUGGAUUAUGCUGUAGAACAGGCCCACCUUGGUCUCUUUUUCAACAAUGGGCAGUGUUGCCUAGCAGGAUCUCGAAUAUUUGUGGAGGAGUCAAUUUAUGAGGAAUUUGUUCGCAAAAGUGUGGAGCGUGCCAAGAGGUGUGUCCUUGGGGAUCCCUUUAAUCCAGAAGUGGAACAGGGACCACAGAUCGAUAAAAAGCAGUUUGACAAAAUUUUCGAGCUGAUUGAAAGUGGAAAGAUGGAAGGAGCAAAGCUUGAAUAUGGUGGAUCAUCUUGGGGGAACAAAGGCCUCUUCAUUCAGCCAACUGUUUUUUCAGAUGUCACAGACGACAUGCGCAUAGCCAAAGAAGAGAUAUUUGGCCCUGUUCAACAAAUUAUGAAGUUUCAAACGCUAGAAGAAGUCAUUAAACGAUCCAACAACAGUUGCUAUGGUUUGGUAGCAGGAGUGUUUACAAAAGACAUCAAUAAGGCACUAAGAAUUGCUUCAUCACUUGAAGUUGGCACAGUCUGGGUUAACUGCUACAAUGCCAUGGGCUGUCAGUCUCCAUUUGGAGGGUUUAAAAUGUCUGGAAAUGGACGAGAGAUGGGAGAAUAUUGUCUGCAAGAGUAUACAGAAGUCAAGACUGUUACCAUAAGAGUCCUUCACAAGAACUCCUAACUUAUAAGUCUUCAGUGAAAAUUAAACCUGCAUGUGACUGGUGUUCUCGUAUCAUUUGUAACUUUAACACUUAAAUAUCUGCACUUUUGAAAUCAGUACAAUGACCGUGCAUGCCCUGAUGUUUUUGCUCUAGUAGGUAGCUUGAAGCUAAACUGUGACCAUGUUCUCUGGUAAAUGUUAUUGUUUUUUCCUUUUACUUAAUGUGACACGUGCUUUAAUGGAUUUAUGUGAUAAUAAAUGUAUGUGAUAUUAGCUAAAUGUUAACAUGCAUUGUUAAAAAAGAGAAAUUUGAAAAUUAGUAUAGUUUGGGUUACCAUUAUCAUUUCACAAUUUAAAGUGUUUUAUAGUAUCCUGGUUUUAUCACAUAAUGAACUGCAAUGAAUUGUGUUUAACCUCAUGUUUGUACUUCUUUUGUUGUAUGUGGUGUUUGGGCCAUAAUGUGGUUUGCAA